AUGGGGUCAUCCGUCCAUUGGGAGCCAUCAGUUCCCAAAUCCAGGUCCAUAUGGGGUCAUCCGUCCAUUGGGAGCCAUCAGUUCCCAUAUCUGGGUCCAUAUGGGGUCAUCCGUACAUUGGGAUCCAUCAGUUCCCGUUACCGUGGCUAUAUGAGGACAUGGAGCCAUUGGGAUCCCGUUUUUUGGGACCGUUUGGGGUCAUCCGUCCAUUGGGAGCCAUCAGUUCCCAAAUCCAGGUCCAUAUGGGGUCAUCCGUCCAUUGGGAGCCAUCAGUUCCCAUAUCUGGGUCCAUAUGGGGUCAUCCGUACAUUGGGAUCCAUCAGUUCCCGUUACCGUGGCUAUAUGAGGACAUGGAGCCAUUGGGAUCCUGUUUUUUGGGACCGUUUGGGGUCAUCCGUCCAUUGGGAGCCAUCGGUUCCCGUUGAUAUGGGGUCAUCCACUCAUUGGGAUCCAUCGGUUCCCAUAUCCAGGUCCAUAUGGGGUCAUCCGUCCAAUGGGAUCCAUCAGUUCCCGUUACCGUGGCUAUAUGAGGCCAUGGAGCCAUUGGCAUCCCGUUUUUUGGGACCGUUUGGGGUCAUCCGUCCAUUGGGACCAUCGGUUCCCGUUUAUAUGGGGUCAUCCAUUCAUUGGGAUCCAUCGGUUCCCGUUGAUAUGGGGUCAUCCACUUAUUGGGAUCCAUUGGUUCCCAUUUCCGGGUCCAUAUGGGGUCAUCCAUCCAUUGGGAUACAUCAGUUCCCAUAUCUGGGUCCAUAUGGGGUCAUCCGUCCAUUGGGAGCCAUCAGUUCCCAAAUCCAGGUCCAUAUGGGGUCAUCCAUCCAUUGGGAUCCAUCAGUUCCCAAAUCCAGGUCCAUAUGGGGUCAUCUGUCCAUUGGGAUCCGUCCGUUCCCAUAUCUGGGUCCAUAUGGGGUCAUCCACUCAUUGGGAUCCAUCAGUUCCCGUUACCGUGGCUAUAUGAGGACAUUGAGCCAUUGGGAUCGCGUUUUUUGGGACCAUUUGGGGUCAUCCGUCCAUUGGGAUCCAUCAGUUCCCGUUGAUAUGGGGUCAUCCACUCAUUGGGAUCCAUCGGUUCCCAUAUCCAGGUCCAUAUGGGGUCAUCCAUCCAUUGGGAGCCAUCAGUUCCCAAAUCCAGGUCCGUAUGGGGUCACCCGUCCAUUGGGAGCCAUCAGUUCCCAAAUCCAGGUCCAUAUGGGGUCAUCCGUCCAUUGGGAGCCAUCAGUUCCCAAAUCCAGGUCCAUAUGGGGUCAUCCAUCCAAUGGGAUCCAUCGGUUCCCGUUACCGUGGCUAUAUGAGGACAUGGAGCCAUUGGGAUCCUGUUUUUUGGGACCAUUUGGGGUCAUCUGUCCAUUGGGAGCCAUCGGUUCCCGUUGAUAUGGGGUCAUCCAUUCACUGGGAUCCAUCAGUUCCCAAAUCCAGGGCCAUAUGGGGUCAUCCAUCCAACGGGAUCCAUCAGUUCCCGUUACCGUGGCUAUAUGAGGACAUGGAGCCAUUAGGAUCCCGUUUUUGGGACCAUAUGGGGUCAUCCGUCCAUUGGGAGCCAUCGGUUCCCGUUUAUAUGGGGUCAUCCGUCCAUUGGGAUCCAUCGGUUCCCGUUGAUAUGGGGUCAUCCACUCAUUGGGAUCCAUCGGUUCCCAUAUCCAGGUCCAUAUGGGGUCAUCCGUACAUUGGGAGCCAUCAGUUCCCAAAUCCAGGUCCAUAUGGGGUCAUCCGUACAUUGGGAGCCAUCAGUUCCCAAAUCCAGGUCCAUAUGGGGUCAUCCAUCCAAUGGGAUCCAUCGGUUCCCGUUACUGUGGCUAUAUGAGGACAUUGAGCCAUUGGGAUCGCGUUUUUUGGGACCG